AAAACCAGGCGGUAACCCGGAAAAAGGCGGAGAGCCCGUCUCACUCGCCCUCUCGUGUCUGUGCCCGGAUACAUCCUGUAACCAAUGAGCGAAUCGGAGUGUGCGCAGGGUGGAACCAAGGGUUGGUACAUCGGCAAGGCCACGACUCCGAACGCUCUCCCUGGGAUUGGCCAGCCUCAGACCCACUCUGAUUGGUGUGCGCCUGGCGCGGGUUCAGACAAACUGUCCUCGGGUUAGCGGCCAUCUAUAACUUCUAGGGCGCUAAUUCCCGUUAGCCUUCUUGGGCGUGGUGCCCUCUGAUUGGUUGGCAAACUGCGCGGGCUCAGGCCCAGAGCGUUGGCCGCGGCCGUGCGAAGACCCAGGCAAGUCACUCCCUGACUGGCUAGCCCUAGCGCCCUUGCUGUGGACUCGGCUUUAGAUUUCAAUUUACAGGAAAUCACCAGGCUCUGUAUUCAGUACAGUACUGUAUCAAGACAUGGAUUGGGACCAGUUUGACAUGAACCCCAAAGUGAUAGCUGCUGUUAAAAAAGCUAAUAUAAAAUCAAUAAAAGAGAUUUUGAAUCUUUCUGGAGCAGACUUGCAAAGGCUGACAAAACUGUCCAGUAUGGAUGUACAGUGCUUACUGAAAACAGUCUCUGGUACACUGAGGAAAAGCUGUGUGCUUACAGCACUUCAGCUGUACCAAGACAAAGAUCACUGCACAUCCCAACAUCAGAAACUAAGCCUGGGUUGCUCACUACUAGAUAGCUUAUUAAGAGGUGGCAUUCCUGUGGUGGGGAUCACAGAACUUGCUGGUGAGAGCUCUGCUGGGAAGACUCAGAUUAGUUUGCAGCUGUGCCUUUCUGUGCAAUAUCCUUAUGAAUAUGGAGGAUUAGAAUCUGGUGCUGUCUACAUUUGCACAGAAGAUGUUUUCCCAAAUAAACGCUUGCAGCAACUGAUUGAUCAACAACAUAAAUUUAGGGCAGAUGUUCCACUUGAUGUCAUACAGAAAAUAAAAUUUGGAAACAGUGUUUUCAUUGAGCAUGCCGCAGACCUUUCCAGACAACAAUUGGGCCUCCUAUGUUGGGAAACAAUGGACACAUUCUACAACUGCAUUGCUAAAAGGAUUACCGUACUGCUCUCAAGAGGCAUGGUGCGUUUGGUGGUCAUUGAUUCUAUGGCUGCUUUGUUUCGAUGUGAAUUUGGCGCAAAAGAUUCAGUUAUGAAAGCCAGAUAUCUGCAGACAUUCGGAGCAAAACUUCACAGUUUAAGCAGUAGAUUCAGAACGCCAAUACUGUGCAUUAAUCAGGUAAUGGAUGCAGUGGAUGAGACAGAUGUUGCUCAGAGCAAUUUUGGCUUAUUGGAUAAGAACGUUUCUCCAGCACUUGGGCUAACCUGGUCCAACCAACUGUUGAUGAGAUUGAUGGCCAGUCGAACAACACAAUCAGAACAGUCACCUGGAGGUGCAUUACAGCACACUGGAAGUGUUUUGAGGACUUUAAGUGUGGUUUUUGCUCCUCAUCUCCCUCAGUCCUUUUGCUGCUAUGCAGUAAAUUUGGAAGGUGUGAAAGGAGUAAAAGUGAAAACCCCCCUGUGAAAAUGUUACAUAUCUAUAUACUCCAAAGAUAGAUAUUCAAGAUUGUGAAUCAAGAAGCCAUUUGCCUAAUUUUUUUUCAUCUGUAGAAAAAAAGAUGCCUAACAUGUAUGUGGAAAAUGUUGCUUGGACAAUACAUUUUUAUAACCAUAUUCUGAGAAAAUACAGAAGCAGUGAUAGAGAAUAGAUUUGUGUACCUACUUUUAGGUUCAGUUAGGUUUCCACCUUGAUGCAUCUAUCUUGGAAAAGAAGGGAUCUUAAUAAAAUAUUACCUGCAUCUUUGGGAUGCAGACUAUACUAAAUGCUGGCCUUCUUUAAACACUUACUGAAGUAGGCCAGCUGUACUUUCAAAUGCUGACUCUAGCAGGGAAAUAGCAUGUUUAUAAAAAGAAAAGGAGGACUUGUGGCACCUUAGAGACUAACAAAUUUAUUUGAGCAUAAGCUUUCGUGAACAACAGCUCACUUCAUCGGAUGCAUGCAGUGGAAAAUACAGUGGGGAGAUGUAUAUACACAGAGAACAUGAAACACUGGGUGUUACAGUGUGUAUGGUAACAAGAGUGAUCAGGUAAGGUGAGCUAUUACCAGGACUAGAGCGGGGUGGGGAACCUUUUGUAGUGAUCAAGGUGGGCCAUUUCCAGCAGUUGACAAGAACAUGUGAGGAACAUGGGGAAAUAGUUUUACUUUGUGUAAUGACCCAUCCACUCCCAGACUUUAUUCAAGCCUAAAUUAAUUGUAUCCAGUUUGCAAAUUAAUUCCAAUUCAGCAGUCUCUCAUUGGAGUCUGUUUUUGAAGUUUUUUUGUUGAAGAAUUGCUGCUUUUAAGUCUGUAAUCGAGUGACCAAAGAGACUGAAGUGUUCUCCGACUGGUUUUUGAAUGUUAUAAUUCUUGACGUCUAAUUGUCACAAUCCAUUGUCUACGGCCAAGCUCUACGAUACAGCCGCAUUUGCUCCAACCCCUCAGACAGAGACAAACACCUACAAGAUCUUUAUCAAGCAUUCUUACAACUACAGUACCCACCUGCUGAAGUGAAGAAACAGAUUGACAGAGCCAGAAGAGUACCCAGAAGUUACCUACUACAGGACAGGCCCAACAAAGAAAAUAACAGAACGCCACUAGCCAUCACCUUCAGCCCCCUCUCCAAUGCAUCAUCAAGGAUCUACAACCUAUCCUGAAGGAUGACCCAUCACUCUCACAGAUCUUGGGAGACAGGCCAGUCCUUGCUUACAGACAGCCCCCCAACCUGAAGCAAAUACUCACCAGCAACCACACACCACACAACAAAAACACUAACCCAGGAACCUAUCCUUGCAACAAAGCCCGUUGCCAAUUGUGUCCCCAUAUCUAUUCAGGGGACAUCAUCAUAGGGCCUAAUCACAUCAGCCACACUAUCAGAGGCUCGUUCACCUGCACAUCUACCAAUGUGAUAUAUGCCAUCAUGUGCCAGCAAUACCCCUCUGCCAUGUACAUUGGCCAAACUGGACAGUCUCUACGUAAAAGAAUAAAUGGACACAAAUCAGAGGUCAAGAAUUAUAACAUUCAAAAACAUUACAUUCCCUCUUAUCCCAACACUGCCUACUUUGCUUAAGUGCCUUCGGUGGGGGACCUUGUCAAAGGCUUUAUGGAAGUCCAAAGUUACACUAAAUCCACUGGAUCUUCCACGUUUGUUGAUCCCCCUCAAAGAAUUCUAAUUUAUGGGAAAUCAUGUCUUACAAUUUAGAAAAGUUAUGUUGACUCUUUCUCAACAUUCAUCUAUCCGUCUGAGAAUUCUGUUGUUUUCAGUACCAAGCGAAUUCAUUAAUACUGUAGUAGUUACAAUUUCUGGCCUGUAAUUGCCAGGAUCGCCUCUGGAGCCUCCUUUAAAAAUUAUCACAUCUGCUACAGAGGCUGAUUUAAGUGACAGGUUACAUACCACAGUUAGUAGUUCUGCAGUUUCAUAUCUGAGUUCUUUCCUUAGUAUAUGCACAAAGGCAUGUAAAUAAAUAUGGCCAGUUAAGUGGCUUGUGUUUAAACAAGAAUUUAAAAACAAACAAAACCAAAAAAACCUUCAGGAUUCUAUUUCACAUCAGAUGUCAGAAGAAGCAUAGCUGCUCUAGGGUCAAUGCCGUUGAUCUACAACUCUCAUAAGCCAGUUUGACUGUUUAAAACUGGAACAGUGGUUCAGGUGCUUUAAAACUAAAGGGGAAAGAAGUGAUUUAAUACCUCUUUGAAAUUACCCCACAGCACAGUCAAUUAGUAGUCCUUAUUUGAACAUCCAAAUAUAGUCCUGGAUCUUGCAGGUUACAACAGUUUAUAAUAAGUUUCUUGAGCUUUCUGCACCCACAAAAAGAAAAAGUGAUUCUAGAGUUUAAAACAACAAAACCCUCCAGUGUUCACAGUGAUGCGCUUAUCAUACAGUCAAAUAAAGUCAAUGUUUAAGAGAAUUUCUUUACUGUAUUUUAUUUCAUCAGCUAUAGCUGUAUAGAGGGUUCACAUAUCUUAAAAUUGCAUUUAUGAACUACACUUUAAUUCAAUACAAGUUAGGUGGUGUAAAACCCAUGAAAAGCAGAUCUGUAUACAGUGCUAAGUAUUUGUUUUGUGGGUGUUCCUUAUUUUUCAGCAGAAUAUUAUCAGCAAUACAGGAACAUACUAUAACUCUCCAUUGUAAGUCACAGCUGUUCCAGAAGUUUUUUCUUUUAUGUAAUAAAUGCAUUUUAUUUAGGAACUGUCCCUUAUUAUAGCUUUAUUAAUCUUUGGGUUUCACAACUGAGGUUUGCUUCUGUACAGGAAAAAUACAUGACUAAGUGCUUUUUACAUGAAAGAUUUACAUUCUAAAAUGCAUAAAUACACCCAACUUUAUUUUACAUAGAACUAUUGUAAGAUUACAUUUAAAUAUUUUAUUUUUGCACUUUGAAAAUAAACAUCAAAUCAAACCAUAGCUCUGUAACAGAUACAAAGUAAAGAGACAUUCAGUGGUAACAUGAUAUGCUUCUGGAUCCAGAUUGCUGUUGAAAAUUAGAAUGGUAGGACAGGUUUCAGAGUAACAGCCGUGUUAGUCUGUAUUCGCAAAAAGAAAAGGAGUACUUGUGGCACCUUAGAGACUAACCAAUUUAUUUGAGCAUAAGCUUUCGUGAGCUACAGCUCACUGCAGUUUCCACAGUGUGCAUCCGAUGAAGUGAGCUGUAGCUCACGAAAGCUUAUGCUCAAAUAAAUUGGUUAGUCUCUAAGGUGCCACAAGUACUCCUUUUCUUAAUGGUAGGACAGUUAUUCUGUGCACUGUAAAGACACUGGUAUAUAAAAAAGUGCAUUUAUGGAACUAAAGUGUUAAGACAACAGAUCUAGUUAAAAGCCUAACCUUUAACUUCAUUACAAGUUCUGCAUUUAAAUCACAGUGAUUUACUGAUAUUUGUUACGAUUAAGGUUUUGUUUUAUUUUGAAGCUUUUCAGUUCUUAUCCUUCAAGAAAGGAAUUCAGGGUUCUGUUUCUCCUUCAACAGUUGGAAAUAUACUGUACAGUAUUUGAGAGCUAAGAUCAACACAAGCACCCUCAAAAUCAGUCUUUGAAGGAUUUAAAACUAACGUUUGUAAUCUAAAUCCACAGAUUUUUUUUUACUUGGACUUAAAGGGAAAGGUGACAUUACUAUCCUUAAAGACAGAGCCCUGCAAAUCUGCUAAUAUCUGUGGACCAGAUGCAGAUACAAAUUUUGUAUCUGAGCAGGGCUCUACUUUAAAAGAUGUUACUGACCUCCAUUUGCCUCCCCAACCCAACAAAACCAAAAUACCCUUAGUUAUUUAAUAGAACUUGAGCUGUGCAUUCUUAAUUUGUUAAUUUUGUUACACCAACCUCCAAGUCACAUAGGAAAAUACUUUUCAUAAUUUAAAAAAACUUCAUAGAGCUUUAAGUUGGAGACAGUGUCUGAUGAAUACAUCGAGAUGCUGAAGAUUCCUCAUUAUUUUACCAAUUUUUAGUAUUCUUUUUAUAUCAAAUUGUAUGUAGUUCUUAGUAUACAUUAACAAAACCAAAGUAGAACUAAUCUGCCACACUUUUACAGUCCUAGGCAUCUUCAGUGCUUUAAAAUGCAGGUGGAAUGUUAACCACUGAAUUUUAGCUACGAUCUUUUAAAUUAUUCCUAUUUUAAAGCAGUCAUAACAAUUGUAUUACAGGGAUAUAAAGAGUUUUGCCACUCUAUCACGUAAGCCUUCAUUUUUUCACCAAGAAGGUGUAUUUUAGGGCUGCUGAACUCAGGGUGAUGAAUGUGAUCAACGUGUGGGUAACUUUUCAUUUAGCUCGACUUUAAAAAAACAAAACAAAAAAACACACUACUUACCUCUUCCACUCAAAGUACUCAGACUACAAAUGAUUUGAAACAAAUGUAAACUUUCACAACUUCCCCUCACAAAUUAACCAUUUACUUUUUAAAGAGUAUUUAUACCCAUGCAUUUACAAAAAUACAUUUUUAUCAUAAUGCAAAGUCUGUACUAUAAAACUAAACUUUACACGUUCAUGCUUUCCUUCCAAUAUUUAUUCUUUUGAUAUAGGCAGACACUUUGAUUACUAAAAUGCAAUACAUACACUUAGCAGCUUUCAGACAAAGUAAGUGACCUAACUUGACAAAAACUAAAUUGUACACUUGAACCUAUCAAAUAUUGUAAACAUACAUUAGAUGAAGCACUGCAUGCACACCCCAUUUUAACGGUACAUACAUAACACAACCAUGCUUGGUUUUCUCUUUUGUUUUCUAAGUCAAUGGAAUCCUUUAACUGUACAGAUGAACCACGGAUACUUCAAGCUUAAACCUUUUUGAAUUAUUACCACUCAUCCUUAACAAAAUACAAGAGCAUGAAAAUAAAUGUCAAACGUAGUUCAUCCAUAGUUUGUUUUAAAUACCUUGCUACCACUGGGGACAUUGUUUACAAACAGUAAACUGCUAGUUCAGUCACCCAUCUACAAAGGGAGCUUAUGAAUCACUGCUAAAUUUUACCAUAAUAUUUAAUUAGAUCUUCAAUCAAAAACAAAUAGUGACAGUCCUGAUAGCAACUGGUGCACAACAUGACAGAGUCUAGCAAAAAAAUUAAAAAGGAAGUGUCAACGAUUAUUUAAAAGUAAACUCAGAAGUCCACUUAAAAACAAACAGAUACAUACACUGGCAAAGUAAUUUUUUGGAUCAUUUAAACAGAAGGAAGUUUGAUACCAAAAUCCACAGAAAAAGUACAUAGAUUUUGCAAGUUGUUAAAAGAGUGGUUUUGUAUGGGAAGGCGGUGUGGGAUAGAAAAGUAGGUCAACAUUUUAACCUUAUCAUUCCUUGACAGGAUUCCUUUAAAUAACAUAAAGCACGCAAGUCACAUCUGUAAGCACAGUACUAAUAGUACCACCUACAAUAUUUUAUUGAGCUAUUUAAAAACCUAAAGUUGAGAUUCCACUAACACCAGCGUCUGACAUACUCUAGUCUUGAAUUUUAAAGACCAUUUAAUAAAAUGUAUAGUUAAGCAGGUCUGAAUUAAGUUUUAAAUAUUUAAACAGAUUUCUAUUUACACAACAAGUUCCAGUUCUUUGAGAGGCUGCAAAAACAUUAAUUCAAAUUUGAAAGAUAAAGGCUUGGAAACAAGUUCUUAGAUUGCACCAAAUAUCUAAUCUCAAAGUCAUCUUUGGGUUAGAAUAGCUACCUUUCUACAAAGUCAGACCUUUAUAGGUGCUCUUCACAUUGGUGAAAGUCACCUUGGAUGUAAAGGGCCUGUAAAAAGUCCUCUGGGCCACUAUUACUGUGAUAUCUCCUCCUAUACCAGCAAAGGCUAACUUGUAGGGCAGGCCUUUGCACUAGAAAUCCUUCGUAGUCAUUGCAAAAGGGACAGCUGACACAAAGCAGUUGUGGUAGCCCUGUGGCCUGCCCACCAGUUAGCAAUGGAUACCAUCUUCUUACCCACCCAGCAACUGCUGUUUAGUUCCACGGGCAAAGCUAGUUUACUUCAAACUUUGUGCAGAGAACUAUGAAUCCACCAAACAUAUAUGUGAUGUUUUACUAAAAUAAUAUAAGAUCUCUAAAAAAAAAUUAAAAUUCGAGCCCACAUUAUGUCUACAUCUAUAAAAUAACUGAGCAACAAUUUGUUCUCAAGUUCAUCAAUGAAUUGCACUAGUCUGCACUAAAACCACUACACAUUAGCAGCAUCUUGUUUCCAUUUCUGGACUGUUUUUAUGGCAAGUAUACCAUAUAUACAAUUUUCUUCUUUACAGAGAUGCUAAUGAAGUACCUCAUAGUAAACAUAAGUGCAUUACACAUAUAACUUGUUGCAUCAGUCAUUAAAAUAAGCUUUAAAACCAGAUGCAAGUUGGUCAAGCAGUUAUAAAAGUAUUCGGUCUAGUGAGUUCUUCACAGCCUGAUCAAAUACCAAAACUUAUUGUUUACCUUCCUCUGUCUUACCUCAAUGUGUGUUAGUCUUGGAUUAGUAUUCCAGCUUGUCCCAUAGUUAUCUUUUUGUUCUGUAUAUUUCAGUUACUUCUCUAUAUUCACAAACACAUGCACAUUUUUACUUUCUCCUUCCACUUGCAUGUAAAUAACAGUUUUCACCUGUCUGCAAAAUUCGAAGUGUGGUGUUUUAAAAAUCACAUAUUUUACAGAAAAAACAAACUGAAAAUGUUAGUGUUCACAAGAUACUUAAACUUUACAUACUUAGUCUCAGCAGCAGGCCUGAAUACAGACAGCAUAUCUAUUAAUUGUAUAUAGAUUAAAAAAGGAUGGCUGAUCAAAAAUGUGACCUGUCUGCCAAAUAAGGGCAUCUAGUGCUUCUGAUGGGGCCCUAAACAUAUUAAACUUAAGUGGAGAGUUUCACAAGUAGGUCCUCUGCACAGCAGCUAUUCCACAGUAUAACAGCCUAGCAUGCAGUCACCUGCUUCAUUUGCUCCUGUUGCCAUCAACUAAUAUGGAGAGAGGCAAGAGUUGAAACAAGCAUGAAGAAACAAUGGAGUAGUUUUAGCCUAAAGAGAACUAAGGGAUAAGAACUUCAGUGGACAGGCAGAAAAGUGUCAGCAACCUGAGGCAUAAUAUUUUGCAUUAAAGCAGCAGCUGCUGCUCUGGGACAGUUGCACCCCACAGCUUCAAUAUGCAUCUACUGUAAAAAAAAAAAUACAGGCCAAAACGUUUGCCAUUUCCCCCUGAUCAAAAUGAACUGUACGAUCACCACUGAUUACUGGGCCUUAAGACCUACAUCAAUAAAUAAGAUAGGAAAUUUCAUAGUUACAGGUAUUGAUAAGCAUGCCACCUAUAGUUAAGGUAGUCUAAGUGUUUCCAUUAUAAAAUUUAUUUUCUAGAUCUACUGGUUAAGGAAUCCAAAAUUUAAGUUCUACUUUUCAGGCAAGAUAUCUGAAAUUGUGACUCUCAGUCAUGCAAGGCAAAGUCACACCAAUACAGUAUACCCCAUUUUGAAUUUAUACAGUAAUGCACAUAACCGAUACUUGUCUCAUUCAAGCACUGUAUAUAUUUUCUGCUACACAUUUCAUUUAAUCUGUUUUCAAAUAUCAAUAUAGAGAACCCUUUAUACUCCUUUGCAUUUUGGUAUGUUUUAUAUGCAUUUCUAUUUUUUCAGUUUUCAGCUGCUGUGAUAUUCAGAUCUGUUAACAGAAAUCAACAUACGUAGCAUGAAUGACAGCAGUGCAAUGAGCAAUAUAUAUCUAUAUCAUUUCUCUUUAGAAGAAAAUAUCCAUUAACACUAUGUUUAAAAAUGUCACUACUAUUUUAGAAAAGUAAAAACAGCAGUCCAUUGCAAAAGAGUCUACAAAUUAGAUGUUCCUAUAGAGACUGAUAAGGAACCAAAGCUUUGAGAGUCUCAGUGCUUCUUUAUUCACAAAGAAAUUUUAGCUAGUUUCUGUCCAAGAACUUCAAUGUGCCAAAUCAGUGUGACUGGCACUCAGAGCUCUUGAGUCUGUCAGACAAUUAUUUCGUUCCUGUAUGAAAAAAAUGAAAAAAAAUUAUUAAAAUGCUUGAGCAACCUGGAUGUCUGCAUAAAAAGAAUGAUAAAAAAAAUUUAAAAAUUAAAACAAAUACUUGAACAAUUGGUGUACUUUAGGAAACUAGUAUUGCUUACCUACUUUAGUCAGAGAGAUUAUAUAUGAUUUUUUUUCACAUCCUAAUAACUAUCUUUACUUCAACUAGCUAAACUGAACAAAUGUAGUAAUAUCUGAGCACUUCCCUUGCAUUCCUAACAGAUAUUUAUUACAGAAGGGGCUGACAGCCUAGGGAUAUUGGCAAGUGUCUACGUGGCAAACCAGGGAAAAUUUUUGUAAACACAUUGUUAACUUUAUACAUUUCACAUGUGGUAAGCACAGCUCGUUGAGAAAGUACAGAUUAUAGAAUGUAUAGAAAACCAGUUAUAAAGUUAAAUACUCCUAGGCCAAGACAAUCUGAUUUUGAAAGCCCUCCACUUUUUGUAUUACCGUUGCAAAGUGCUUUGGUUUACCUUGGUGGAUUUUUUUGGUCAAAGUUCACAUAAAUUAAUGAAUCUUUGCAUAAAUUUCAGAGAACUAAAAAACUGCAGUAGACUCUUUAGGGAUAAUACUAAGGAGAUACCUUUAUGCCACACAACAGUGAAAGAGAUCCAUGCAGCGUGUGCUUUUAUUGUAAGCCUUGGGGCAAGUAAAGGUAAAGAUUCUACAGAAUACAGUAUGCUGGCAUUGAUGCAAUUAAUAUUCCCCCCAAAGUUAGUCACAGCUGCUGUUAGUAAAAUGCACAACGUUGUUUAGAACACAGAACAUUACUAGCUUUGCUUGACAACAUAUGCAAUGGUGACUUAUUAGGUACAAACAGUUAUGUGUAGUAGUGAUCAGAUACACUGAAUAUAGUUACGCAAAAUAUUUACAGUUUAAAUUUUGGUAGAAGCAAUUCUUAACAGAUCAAAUAAAUUUAGGGCCUGCUCAUGUGCACCCUGAGCUCCUACUGAAGUAAUUGGGAUUUGAGAGCACACAACACCUAGUUGUGAGAGAAGAACACCUUUUGAGAGAAGCUUCUUUCAUCAAAAAUACAGAAUAUCUGAGCUUUACAAGUAUGCCUUUUUAAAUUAUAUUACAAGACUGUAAAAUUCAAAAAAAAAAAAAAAAAACUUACUAGCCAUUCCAAUAUUCUAAUUCAGGCUCCAGUUCAGCGUAAUAGUUAAGCAUCUGCUUAACUGACUGAUAUCAAUGGGACUUAAGCAGGUGCUUAAAGUUAAGUAUGUGUUUAAGUGCUUUGCUGAAUGCCAGUGGACUUAAAGCACAUGCUUAAAGUGCUUUGCUAUACUGAGAGUCUUAUUGGGUCCCAAGAGGUUUAUCAUUUUACUGUUUCUCAAGCUCUUCAGCCCAAACCCUGCUACUGGUAGCUACUUGUGUAAGAAUAUUAUAGGGCUUCUUACUUGAAAGUGAUCUUCAGUAGCCUUGCCACCCAUGUUAAGAACAUUCAGAGAACUGGCACGCUUCAUGCUGCAACCAGGAUAGUGAACAUGCAAGGAUAAACCAAUCAGAAUAAUUGAAAACUAAACUCUAAACACACAAGUAUAAUAAUAGUGAGGCAAACUUAAGGGAGUUUUAAUACAACCUGUGAAACCUAAUAUGAAGUAUGCUCUUUAAGAGAAAUACUUUCUAUAGUUACUUAUAUAUAUUUGCACAUUUUCCUUCUCUCUUUUAAUUCUAAGAUAUGUAUCAAAAUAACUGCCAGCCCCAUAGUACUUAAGCACAUUACGUGUUUGAUGUUAAUAUCUUUUAUGGUUCAAAUUAUUUCAGUUUCCAAAAUGUCAUCUUUCUGAAUCAAUACAUUAAUUUAACAUAUGCUCCACUUUAAUGCUCAUUUUAAAGUUAUUUAGCUAAUUUUAAAAAAUCAAAUUAUUCAGACGUAGUUGUUUAGGAAAUGUUUGUGAAAAUAAUACAUUAAUAAAUUUAUCAAAUAAGUUGUACUUAACUAGUAAAAACUAUGGAAAAACUUCUGUUUACAUAAAUAAGGCAAAAACUAACAGGUUACCACAAACAUUGCUUUUAUAGCAGAUUUUUUUAAAAGCUUGCUAAGUCUAUUUUGAAGUGAAGGACAAUACAAGAUUGUUGCUACUAUUAACUUUUGUCAUGCUUGUGGCCAUAGCGUGCUUCAAUCAGUGGUAGUCCUAAAAUCUAAAAUGGUCUUCUGAAAGCAAUACACCACAAAGAUAAUACAAUCAAUUUAAGCCCUUGUUAUUUUAGAAGGGCUAUUGCUAAUCAAGAUAACUCUGUAUUAACUAUUUUAUAUCAUCAUCAACUUCUGCAUUCUUGAGGAUAAGGAUUAAUAAUUGCUUUCAUCUUGAUCUUUACUAAAGAUUAUUCAAACAUCUACAACAUUUAAGACUAAAAUAUUUAAAUGUGAGGUUAUAUACAUUUUAAGUUAAGAGUAUUAAAUAGUCCCCAAUGUCAGAAGAUUUUGCUGAAAUGGUACAAUAUGAAUUGGCUAUUCCCCAUCCCAAAUACCUGUAUGUCACCUAGAACACAGUGCUCUGUUGGUAUGGGAUCACUAGGUCUUUUUAUGAUUUGACAGUGUCUAAAGGAGCACCUUAAAUAAAAUAAUUUUGUCACGCUAUUAACACCAAAGUUACGCCCCAAUCCUGCAGUGUGAUCUGCAGAGGUGGCUCCCUGCACCCAUGUGUGGAGGUCUCUCUGCAGAGCUCAUAUUGCACAAUAAGCAAGUCAUUAGUCCCACUGAAAUCAACAGGACUACUCAGACAUAAAGGUAAGCAUGCGUUUAAGAUAAGAAUGUGCUUAAGUGCUCUGACAGAUCUGAGCCCAAAUAAUGUGUUAUGUCUGGAAUACUGAAACUAAAAUACAAAAUACCUAUACACAUAAAUGCAGGCAGCAGCUACACAAUGUAAGUAUACUACAUUUUUAAAGCAAUUAAUUUUGAAUGUUUCAGAUAGCAGAAUGCACAUAAUUUAAAAUAUGACAUAAGUGUUAGCAACAAAAAAGAAGCAAUGAAUCAUGCAUGGUUUAUACCUCUCUGUUAUUUAUUUACAUAAAAUAUACAAUUAAGGUUACACAUGAAAGUCAAAGUAUGUUAAUUGGUAAAAACACACAUACAAAACAUCACAAAUGAAAAUCUCUUUUCAAAAAGGAAGAGCAUAAAGGUUUAUUAAAAACAAAAUCCAAACUCCAGG